AUGACAGGUGCGAUUCAACUGAGACAAGAAAGUAACGUAAACUCGUGGUCGACGGUCGGUGCAGGAGAAGUGAGGUUGAGCGAAGGCUAUGAAAAGAGAGAAGAGGUAGAAACACUUGAUGAAGUGGCUUACCAAGACGAGCUGGAGUGA